AUGGCGCGUGCAGUGCACUAUCGUCACGUUAACCUUAAAAUAUUUGAGGAUGGUGGCUUGAAAAUGGUGAUUCGCCUGAGAAACUGUGUUCGUUUUUGUCAUGUGUGGUGAAAUGAAAUCUGGGGUGUCACUUGAGUAUAAAUGAUAAAAGAGAGAAAUAACAACGUCUUAUUUAUGUUAGCCAACUAAUUAGCCAACAUGCUAAACAUUUCUUUGUGAACAAGCGUCCAUCCCGUAGCCACGCCCCCCUCCGCCAUGACACUUCAACGUAAGCUGUAACUGUCCUCCAUCUGGAUUCUGAUUGGCUGGAAUGAGUUCGCCAAGGCACGUCUCUUCAUGAAUAUGCAAAUUAUAGCAGGCGUCAAGCUAGUGUGUGCUAACAAACAGCGAGCUAGGCUAAGCUAGUUAGACAGAGAGCGCAUAGAUACAGCGGAAGAACUAGGCAAAACAAAUAGUGAAAAAAGAAAGAAUAGAGAGAAAGAGAAAGGGAUCGUGUGUGUGUGUGUGUGUGUGUGUGUGUGUGUGUGUGUGUGUGUGUGUGUGUUCGAAUAUACAGAAGGGGAAAAGAGGUGGUUUCCGCCAUGAUUGUGUGUUUGUAGGACUGGCGAUGAAAUCGAGUAGCCAUGGCCAUGUCUCUGAGUGCAGACGAUGAAGAUUACGACUCGGACACAGCCGAACAGCAGAGGCCAGCCAACAGGCCCAAACCCAAGAUGGCGUCCACUCCCACAGCGUCCACGCCCACCACAUCCACCUCAUCAUCCUCCGCAGGGGGCGUGGUGAAGUUACCCUCUAACCGGAGCUCAUCGGGGGCGCGGCGCAGACGCACACGCUGCAGGAAGUGUGAGGCGUGUGUGAGGAGUGAGUGUGGGGAGUGUCACUUCUGUAAGGACAUGAAGAAGUUCGGGGGACCAGGGCGCAUGAAACAGUCCUGCAUCAUGAGGCAGUGUAUCGCUCCCGUACUGCCCCACACAGCGGUGUGUGUAGUGUGUGGAGAAGCCGGUAAAGAGGACACACUGGAUGAUGAGGAGGAGAAAUUUAACGCCAUGUUAAUGGAAUGCUCCAUCUGCAACGAGAUCGUCCACCCUAACUGCCUAAAGGUGAAGGAUGCCGCAGGGGUAGUGAAUGAUGAGCUCCCUAACUGUUGGGAGUGUCCUAAAUGUAACUACGCAGGGAAGACUGGGAAAGCCUGCAAGCAAAAACGAGGCCCAGGGUUUAAGUACGCGUCCAACCUGCCGGGCUCGCUGCUGCGGGAGCAGAAAUCCACACGGGACGGCAAGGACGAGGGCGAGCGUAGGAGGAGCGAGAGGGACGACACCCCCAGGAUGUCCUGUGAGGAGACGCCCACACUGCUGAUGCCCAGAGAUGUGCCCCGGCCCCGACCCGACAUGCCCAACUUCCUCAGGAAGAAGAAGAAACUGUUUGAUGAUGAUGAUGAGGAAGAGGAGGCUAGUGCAAAGAAGAAGCUGAAGAAGCCGUGGAAGCCAGAGGAGUCAUUACUGCCGAAGAUGUCCUCGAUGAAGAUGGAGGAAGAGGAGCAGUCAGAGGCAGAUGAGGAGAAAGAGGAGGAGAGCAAACAGCCUUCACGCAACAGGAAGGAGUUCGGGUCUGUGAGGAAACAGGAGGAGGAGAGGGACGAGGAUGAGGACGACACACACAAGUUUGUGAAGGAGGAGGAUGAGGAGGAUGAAGGCAGUGAGCUGCAGGAACGAGCACAGAGAGCACAGCGGGCUAAACGAGCACAGCGCAGGAGGAUGGGGCGGAACGAUCACGCGCUCGCUAAUGAGAACCUGCAGCCUGACGACAGCGAGAACGACGAGAACGACAAGAAAAACUUCCGGAAUGGAGAGAACGGAGAGAGAGCGCACCUGAGGGCACGUGAGAUGAACGGUGCAUCAUGGGAUUUGCGGCAUUUUUACCCGUCUCAGAUUGUACCGUUGGGUCUGAACCGUAUCCCCCCUCCUAUUCGCCCCCCACCCCCCCGAUCACCCCCCAAAUGUGUUCAAAUGGAGCGUCAUGUGAUCCGGCCUCCCCCCAUAUGCCCUCCUCCUGAUAGGUUGCCCCUGGCUGAUGGGCGGAGCCACGUGAUGCAGCGUGAAGCCUGGUUGGCCAUUUUCAGUCACCUGAGUCACCGUGAGCUGUGUGUGUGUAUGCGAGUGUGUCGCACCUGGAACCGCUGGUGCUGCGAUAAGCGUCUGUGGACAAAGAUCAACGUGAGCCGCUGUAAGUCCAUUACACCUCUGAUGCUGAGUGGAAUAAUCCGGAGACAGCCAAUCAUGCUGGACCUCAGCUGGACCAACAUCUCCAAGAAGCAGCUGAGUUGGCUCAUCAACAGACUGCCUGGUCUGCGUGUGUUGAUAUUGUCCGGUUGUUCCUGGGCGGCCGCCUCUGCUCUCUGUACAUCCAGCUGUCCACUUCUGCGCUCUCUGGACCUACAGUGGGUGGAGGGACUGAGAGAUACACAGAUUAAAGACCUGCUAUCUCCACCUACAGACAACAGACCAGGUCAGAUGGACACUCGGAGUAAACUGCGGAACGUUCUGGAUUUGCGUCUCUCGGGGUUGGACAUCACAGAUGUGUCUCUCCGUCUCAUCAUCAAAAACAUGCCACUGUUAAAACACCUGGAUCUGAGUUACUGUAACCACGUCAAUGACCAGAGCGUCAACCUGCUGACCGCUGCCGGAACCACCACCCGCGACUCUCUCACCGACAUCAACCUGUCAGUGUGUAACAGGAUAACGGAUCAGUCCCUCAGCUACUUUAAGCGCUGUGCGAGUAUUUGCCGUAUCGACCUGCGCUUCUGUAAGCAGGUGAGCAGGCAGGCGUGUGAGCGCUUCAUCGCUGAGAUGUCGGUCAGCGUCUCGUUCGGACUGAAAGAGGACAAACUGCUACAGAAGCUCAGCUAACACAUACACACACACUCACACACACACUCACACACACGCUGAGAGGGUGAACAUGCUGACAGGACAUUAAAGUGUGUUUUGUACAAUAAAAUCUGUAUUUAAAUAGAGACGCAGGACUGGAGGACACACACAAACACACACAGAGUGGUGGUGUUGCUAUGGGAAACAGAAACGUGAUGUAGCUGCUCAUUGUGUCUUAUUUUGGUUUAAUAUCGUUCCGUGGGUUUUUUUAUCUCUAUAUAAUGGAAUUUUUAUGUUUGUGGUCUUAGUGUUAGACAUGUUCCGCUUCCAUAUCGCCAUGGUCACAAGAAAACACAUCACGAUUCAGUUGUCUCACUCAAAAAGAGGAGGAGCUUAAAUUGAAUCUGAUCGGCCAAUCACGUGACCUCACCACUAGCUUUUCUUUCUGUGAUCUUUAAAGGAUUAACCGAUCGAGUUGAAACUAAGCUCCGCCCUUCUUGACCAAAGACACAACUCAGGACAUCUUUCACAAAACAACUGACGUUCUGACCUCCAGGGCGAGUGAUGGUCAAGCGUCUGUGGUGACAUCACUGUGGAAUGAUGGAAGUGUGUUGGGAUUGUGUGUCCAGCGCAGGUGUCUACUGUUCACACACACACACACACUUCAGUUCCUGUUCAUCUCCGCUCGGAGGAAUUAGUUUUUUUGUGCCAUGUUUUCACAUUUCAUACCUCAUGUUCCUCUUUCAGAAAUAAAAUCAGACGGAAGCUAAAAAAAAAAAAAAAAGAA